CCCCCAAUUUACACCGUUUAAAAAUUCAGCUUUUUCUAUACAUUUCAAUAGAAUUUACUGCUGCAGUAGAAACAUUUCACCGCAACAAACAAAUCUGAUCCGGGGGAAUUAAUAUGGUAUGCAAGAUCACCUAUUUUCCAUAGCGCAGUAUGUUUCUAAACAUUUUUUGGAAUCUACUGCUGGGAAAAUGUACGGUCAAGAUUUAAAGAAAUUUAUGCUUAGUGACAAGUUAAGUCGAAAACAGGAAAAUUUGCAAACAAGAAACAGCUCAUUCGUGACUUUUAUUGCAUUCCUGCUGUGAAAAUCAUGCACAUUUUACGUUUCUUCCUAGAUUCUGUCAUCAUGCAAUGGUUGUAUCAUUGUUCUGAAACAUAUCGUAAUUCGCAUGUUGUCAAACGCACCCUGUGACUAAUAAUUGCGCAAAUGUGUUUCACCCGUGGUGGAUUCUGACCUUCCUUGUUGCCCAAGGCCGGAAAAAAUAAGGUGCAACGUACAUUGCCUCAACUGAAACAUUGUGUAUAUUUAUGCAGCGCGCAAUAAGCAAAUAAUUAGAAAAGGUAUGGAGAAUAAAGGAAUGAAUGAAGAAAAUUCUUACGGGAACCUGUUUGAAAGCGCGUAUGUGCAGAUGGGAGGCAAUGUGCCUCUUAGCAGCGAAUACUUAGAAAUCGACGAUGCUCAAGACUUGAUCAAAACUCCAAAGGUUACCAUGGCUUAUAUGGACGUCGAAGUAAUCGCUGACGCUGCCUAUGCAAAUAUGCCACCACUGCCUACACCAACAAGGGAAUCAGCCAAUCGUCAAAAAUCUUUGCCGAAUGAUAAUAAAACCAAAGAGUAUUUAGACGACCAAAAUGAUGCCAGUUCUACUUACGCUAAUGUGGACAGUCCACCAACGACCCCGACAUCUAGAGGCCGCCCAAGUUUACUUGUAUCCCCGCCAAUUGAAGACAAAAAGAGAGGUUCUAGCAAAAGCAAAAUGAAUAAAACCAGUUUCACAAAUAAAAAUGGGCCAGAAUACGAGUCAGCCGAGCCUCCCUCACUCAAGAAAAGCGAACAAAUGACAAAUCCAUACUCUUAUGCAGCCCCCGAUUUUGGGACCUUGCCGGUGUCCGGUUUGAAUUUUAAGGUGCCGGUGCCCAGAAAAAGCUGUCUUUCUGAUCGCUCUAAGGCAAAAACAAUCCCUGCGAAUGGUGCAGACUGGUCAGUGAAUCGAGAUGAUAAUGCUGCUUUAGAGGAUCGAGAUAAUAAUGAUUUAAGUCCAAAAGUCGAUAAUCACAGGGGUUCCCAUAAAACUAGUGCUACUGUGUCCUUUAUUGAAAGAAAAGAAGGAGAACUGACAAUCAAGAAGGAUGAUAGCAAGGCUGUAACUGUAAAAACAAAGAAAAGUGGUAAAGAAACAAAAAGAAAACGAAAGAAGGAAAGUAACGAAAACAAGUCAAAAAUUCAUGUUGAAAAUGUGGAGAUGAUUGAUGUUAGUGGGACUUUGGGAACAGGGCUUUCACCCUCCACCUCUAUGCGUCAGCUAUUCGAUGGCUCUGGAACAGGGACACCAAACACAUCGAAGAGAAAAGCAAAUCUUUCAUACGAAUUGCGGAGUCUAAAGACUGACAAACCUUCUCCGGAUAAAUGUAACCACGACGGAUCUACAUUUCGUGGAAAAAGACAGAAAUUUUUCACAGCAGUUCUCCUUGUCCUACUAGUCCUGACAUCGGGCAUGAUCUGUAUCCAGUUUCUUAGGAUCUUCAAAUUCAAGUCCUAUGGUUUUGGUGGGAACGAUGAGCUGAAAUCGCUAGAAAUGAGAGUAAAAUACAUGGAACAAACAUCGGCUUCUAGGGCAAGAGACAUUGGGUUUCUCAGAAGAAAAAUCGAAAAUCAAAGAUCGUUGAUUUUGAACUUACAAAAUGUGCUUAAGAUAUACAAUAUGACCAAUAAUUUGACCUCCAUGGAUGCAAAGAUGAGGAGAAGAAGGACUGCAAAGGAAUACAGUUCGACCUCACUGGAAGCAAAGGUUGAUAAAAAUUGAAGAGUCUGAAGAUAAUGGAAUGACAAGUCUACCAGCAAAGAUUACAAGCCACAUGUCUGAGAUCUUGGUUAGAAAGGCAUACUCUGAAGGCUUCCUAGUGGGAGAAUACUCUGUGCUCCGGUGGAAAAGCCUUAGAACGUCCAAGCGGAACUUCUGUGACACGGGAAACAUGGAUUAUAGAUGCUCAUCAAAAUUUUACCUUUAUUGUCUGAAAUAUCAAGGUGUCAACGAUGAAGCCAAAGCCUAAAUCUACUUUUCAGAAAACACAUUUAGAUAAACGUUUUUAAUAGUGUUAGGCCUUUUUAAUUUGCAUUUGUAAUCUUAAUCUUCUAAUGUUUUUUGGAAUGAAAUGGCUUUCUUUCGUUAUUUUUGUUAUCCUAAUUUUCAAGUUGCAAAUUUCAAGAUUCAAAUCUCAGUUCUCAGUUGUAAAUUUUAUGAUUAAAACUUUUUCUGAUUCUGCAAAUGUUCAUAUUUUCAAAGGGAAGAGAGUCUUGUCAGUUUUUGUUGAUUAAAAGAUACGAUAGGCUCAAUAUCAGUGAAAAUAAUGGACUUUGCAUCCCGAAGAGGAUAAGAACAAAUGCAUAAUGUCAAGUGAUCUUCAAAAAGUUUCCAUAUCUUUUGACCCGUUCCUUAUUCAUGAUCUGUCGGUUGCAAAAGACGCCUUUGGAGAAGAGGGAGACAUUUUUUAUAAACUUAUUCUUUCAAUAAAUAUGUAUCUAGCAACAAUUAUAAGCAGUGUAAAACGAAUUAUAUGAAAAAUGGAUUUAAUGCUAGCCAUAUUGAUUAUAUAGGUAAUCGAGUUGUACAGCAUUAAUUUGUAUUCCUUAAUGCUAUCAGCUAUUGACAUUUAUUCACGUGGAAAGUUAAUCAUGAGUAAAUGACACGCAUUUAAAAAAAAUUGCUCUUUUGUCGAAAUAUUUGCUGAAAAUUUUGCUGAAUUUAUCUUGGAACAACUUGCACUAAUUUCAAUGCCAAGUGACCCAAACUUGAAAACAUCCAACGGAACCUUUUUAUUGGUAAUUUAUUAAAAACGGAAAUUUAUUAUUUUUUAUAAAUCAGAAAAUUUCACCAACCCCUAAUUUGGGAAUGCGUACAUUACACGAAUGCUUUACGUUUGUUUUGUUGACUUGGUGAAAUAAAUUGAAUAUGCCACUAAACAAUUUUUGGUAACUCUGCCUCGGACUCGAAUCAAGUAUUUAGACGCUAAAUUCUUCAUUUUGAAGAACAUUUGCUAAAACAUUAGUUUUUAUUUCUAUUCAUACUGUAUUAUAUCCUAUUAGAGUUUUCUUAAUAUUCUUCCAAUAAAUUUUUAUUGCCUUCCAAAUUAAAAAAGUGAGCUCUUUUCUCAUGGAAA